AUGAAUGACAGAAUCAAGAAGCGAAAAGGAAAGGGUUCCCAGAAACGGUCUUGGACUGAAUGUGUUGAUCUGUUACAAAGCCUCGCAGAAGAGCAAGUACGCAAUGGAGAAAGAGCAUUGAUUAACGUAGGGCCCUUACAGCUGAGCGCUGGAUUUGCUCACAUGAAAAUUACUCUAGAGAAGUGGUUGUCGCUUUCUUCCCAACAGAAAGAAAGGAAAGUUUCUUUAUUUCGUUCAGCUUCUACUGGAAACGGCUUAUGUAGAUCAAAAUCAUCUCACUCAAGAAGCACUUGUACCUCUUCACAGCACGUCCUGCCGUCUGAGAUGCAGGAUGAAGAGCAAACUAAAGAAGACGACGAUUCAGAGAGUCCCGUGGUGGACAAAACAAAUUCAUCGACUUCAGGUAAUCUCAUCAUGGCGGCAACAAUGGGAAUGCCUUAG